UGCGUGUGUGUGUUGACCGGAAAGCCUAUGCGAAUGUUUUUGACAAACUUCAAACGCAAAUAAAAAAAAGUACAAAGUGUUACUUUACAUAUUUAGUGCUAUAUUUAGACCAACAACGUUAGUUUUAGGCUGAUAGACUCACGAACGAAAGUUUGACGAAGCACGAAGAAAGAAAGUAAACAUGUCAGACCCGGAACUUGAGGCGAUACGACAGCAACGGUUAGCUCAAUUACAGUCUCAGUACAAGAGUAACAAUGCGGACGACAAAGAAGCAAUGGAAGAGAGGAAGCAGCAGAUGGAAGACAUGAAGAAUUCUAUAUUGACACAGGUGUUGGAUCAAUCAGCCAGAGCAAGAUUGAACACACUUUGUCUUGGAAAACCAGAGAAGGGGAGAAUGGUAGAAGAGAUGCUCCUGAGUAUGGCACAACGUGGACAAUUGUCUGGCAAGCUUGGAGAGAAGGAGCUAAUCAGUUUACUUGAAAGUAUAAAUCAACAAACGAAACAAAAGAAGACUACUGUCAAAUUUGAUAGAAGAAGAGCGGCACUAGACUCCGACGAUGACACGGACUUAUAGCAGCCGUAAAUCUUUUAUUUAAGGUUUUACUUAAAUCAGCGAAGUGUAAUUUUCCUCUUGAUUUAUCCCCGCAGGUAAAUGCGUUACGAUGCAUGUUACUUUUACGCUUAAUUAUAUAUUAUCACGUAUGAAAUAAAACUUAUUAACAUCAAUCA